AUGAAUGAACAAGAAAGAUUGGCUCAGGAGCUGAAAGGGUUUAAGGCAAGUGCUGAGUCUGUGGGAAAUGAAGUUUUCUAUGGGCCCAGACGAGAGGCGUGGAUGGAGGCUGCGAAGCGGGAGCUGGACAACAUGACGGUGCACCAGAAAGUCUGGAUUGAGGUGAGGAAGAACCAUCUUCACGAAGAUCUUGGAUUAAGUCCUGAUGUUGUACUGCCAAGGCCAAUUCCAACGCAGCUCGUCAAUACGCUGAAGCCUGUGAACGACCCUGGAACCAACAUGACGGAUGAGCCAAAGGUGAGACUGGUGGCAUGUGGAAACCAUCAGAACCCAAAAGAUGUUCCGGAAGAUCUCAGCACAAACAACGUGGACAUGUAUGUGCUGAGAACCAUGGCAAAGGAGACUGCACUGCAUCCAGAUUGGGUGAUGGGGGCCGGGGACGUGUCGGCCGCGUUCUUGAAUACCCCCCUGGGGGGAAACGAACUAAUCCUCUUGGAGCCUCCGGGAAUUCUCAAGAAGCUUGGUUUGUUGGCCUCAGAUACAGUCUAUGCACCGGUGCGGGCAAUUUAUGGCCUGAAACGAUCACCGGCUGACUGGAGUAAGCAUCGCGACGAAGUGAUUGCCAAGGCAAAGCUGAAGAACCACAAAGGACAGGAUAUCUCAUGCAUCCGGGUGAGCGAUGGGGUUUGGAAGCUGGUUUGCCAGGACAAGUUGGUCGGUAUAGCUACAAUGUACGUCGAUGACUGUCUUGUCGUUGGUCAGGCAAGUGUCGUAGAGGCUUUCUUAUCCUAUGUGUGCUCGCAGUGGCGAACUAAGCUUCAAGGUUUUUUGGCGCGAGACUUGGGAACUACUCUGUCAUGUCAAGGAGUUUCCAUGUCACGGAAGACGAGCUUGACAUUCUUGGGUCUGGAAAUCUCCUUUCACGAGGGUGGUGUGCAGCUGAGUCAGAGACGGUGGAUUCUUCAAGAAAUUAACAGGCGUGGUUGGAUCCACUUGCGAGGGACCCAAGCUUUGCCCCAACUUGAGAUGGGUGAUGCCGAAGAGGUCGAUGAGCAGCAUGCCCGCGCACUUGCCGAGGCUAGGUCGGAGAUCGGCGCAUUACUCUGGGUCGGCGUUCGCAGCCGACCAGAUUUGCUGGCUGCAGUGUCUAUGGGAGCUUCAAUGAUGCAUCGGAGACCUGCAGCUGUGAAGAAGUUUACGACUGGCCUAUGGAGAUACUUGCGUGGCACUCUUCAUGAGACGUUGUUUUAUGGGCCCGAGGGCGACGGCAACGAGCUGACGUUCGCGUCAGACGCCUCGUUUGCGCCCGAGGCAUCGCGAAGUCGUUCUGGCGGAUGCAUACAGUACGCUGGGAGUGUGAUUCACUGGUAUUCAACACGACAAACAGUGACAGCCUGGUCAGUAUGCGAAGCUGAAACUGAUGGUUUGGCAGAAGCGCUUUCACAGGGAAUCCGUAUUCUCUAUGUUUUGAAAGAUUUGUUGCACAAAGACCUUCAGGGAUGUUUAACUGGGGACAAUAGUGCAUCGAUCAUUCUGGCAGGGCAAGAGAAGAUGGAUUUUGGAAAGUGGCGAACCCGAGCAUUCGCUUUGCGUUGCAGUUGGUGCCGUGAUCAAUUGCAUCUCGAAAGAAUCCCGAUACGUCACACUCCGGGACAGUUUCUUGUCGCCGAUUUACUUACAAAAAUCCUUCCCAAGACGCGUUUGAAGCAGCUGCGAGAGAUGGCAGGCGUAAGACCGGCCGGCAGCGAGUAG